GAACUUCUGAUACGUGCUGUGACGUGGACAGACCUCAAAAUCAUUAUACUAAAUGAAAGCCAGACACAGGAGACCAUAUACUGUAUGAUUCUAUUUACAUGAAAUGUCCAUAAAAGCAAAUCUACAUAGACAGAGUGUGGUGGUUGCAGUAUAGGGGCUGGGAGAUGGGGAUUAACGGUGAAUACGAGAGAUCUUAUUGGGGUGAUGGAAACGUUCUGAAACUGCUUUCUGGUAAUGGUUGCACAACUUGGUAAAUUUACUAAGAAUCUAAAUUGUCUACUUGCAAUGAGUGAAUUAUAUGAAAUACAAAAUAUGCCUCAGUAAAGUGUCGGUGGGGGGAGAGAGGAAAUUGAGGUUGAGACAGAGAGAGAGGGAGGGAGAGGGAGAGGAGAAGGGCUGGAGCCAGACUGUUUGGAUCUGAAAACUGGCUCUGCUACUUACUAGAUGUGUGACCUCAGGCAAGUCUAACCUCUCUUUGCCUCAGUUUCCUGUCAGUAAAAUUGGAGAGAAUAAGAAGUUACUAGCCACAAAGCAGUGUUGGGAAGAUUGUGGUAAUAUAUAAAGAGUGCUCAACUUGGAGUUUGGAACCUAGAAAGAGCUCAAUAGAUAUUAGUAGUACUUUACCCACCAAAGAUCCAGCUCUGAUUUAGUUUUAGUUCAGAUCUUGGAGAACGAUUUCGGAGGACAACGUCUGGUCAUGUGGAAAUGACUCUGGGGAACCCAAGACAUGAUUCCUCAGUCACGUGUGGACUGGGGGAUUGGAACAUCGGGGCCUCACAGAUAAAGGCCGUUUCUUCAUGGCAGCAUCAUUUACAGAGGCAUCCUCUUACUCCCCAUAAAUGUGGGUGCAACGUGUGAUAUUUCAACCCCAGUGCAGCAAACAAAUAUGUAAGUUACACCCACUGCCUGCCAGGUCCUGCUGGGGCAGAGGACAGUGAUUUGGAGGCACAGAGGAGGGACAUCUCACCUGGUCUGUGUGGCUUUCUAGAGCAUGUGACAUCUCAAUGUGACUUAAGAAUCCCUAGAAAUUACCCAGAUGAAGGGGUGAGGAGACUUACCCAGAGAGGGUACAGCUUCAUAAAGCCCAGAGGCAAAGCGGGAACUUGCUGAGCUCAGUGCAGUGCUGAUACGGAAAGCAGAGUGACAAGAAGCGCGGCUCAGGGUCCCAGGGAGGGGCUUUGGGUGACAUGGCAAAGAAUUUUAUUUAUCCUCAGGGCAAAAGGACCCAGUGGAGAGUUCUUAGCAGGUUCUAGAUAUCUUUUGGCUCAGAUAGCUUCAAUUAUUUGAUCCCAAUGAUAUCUCCGCACCGUACCUUGAGAGAGCCUGCUCUGUUGAUCAGGAGCAAAUAAAUGUCCUCCUAGGUGUUGCGGCCCGGUUUUGUACUUAUCCCACAUCCGUUCUAGCAUCUGGCUCAAAAAUUGUUCCAUGGCUCCCACGAGGGGAAUCAAAGGCAUGAAGUGGUGGCUGAAAGCCUGCCUGCAGGGCCAGACCUCAGAAAAGCAGAGGACUUGUAAAUGUUUCAUAAACUUCUCUGGGUGCCUGCUCUGGCUGAGAGCCCAUUCAUAAGCUAGGAACGAAGGGGCAGGUAUUGUGCCGGUUACUAUAGCAUCACCUUGGAAAGGCUCACUCAGAGAGAGCCACCGGCGAGCUGGGCUGGACCAGGAGGGGGACGCGGUGGGCAGCAGCAGGAGGGGCUGCAGCAGCUAGGCCGCAGAUGCUGUUGCUGGUCUCCGGACUCCUCGUGGGCUGCAGCCCACGUUAGCUGCUCCAGCUGCAGCCCAGGGAGGGAGAGAGGCUGCGCUCAGUCUGAGAGUGGCUGCUGAGGCAGCGGCCACAGGCUGCUGCUCGGCUUGUAGCUUUUGCAAGGGGCUGAAUUCCCAGCCAGACACUCACCCUCUGGCCUCUUUUUUGAAGGGUGGGGAGAGAGGAGGAAGUUGUCUUAUCCUGGAAGAUCUGGGCCAGCUUUCAUCUCUUUUUUGAUUUUGAGUAGUUACCUCCCUGAGAACUGACUUCCAGGUGUUCAUCAAAGAAAACGGAGUGAUCCCCGCACUGGAAAUGAGAAAGGAUGACAGUUUCUGAGACUGACUGUUAACGGCUCGGAGGUGCCCUGCCCAUUCAAAAUGCCUUUUAAAGCGUUUGAGACCUUCAAAGAAAAAUUUCUGAAGCCUGGGAAGGAAGGAGUGAAGAACGCUGUGGGAGAUUCCUUGGGGAUUUUACAAAGAAAAAUUGAUGGGACCAAUGAGGAAGAAGAUAACAUUGAGCUGAAUGAAGAAGGCAGGCCGGUGCAAUCAUCCAGGCCAAGCCCCCCGCUUUGUGACUGCCGCUGCUGUGGCCUCCCCAAGCGCUACAUCAUUGCCAUCAUGAGUGGCCUGGGAUUCUGCAUUUCCUUUGGGAUUCGGUGCAAUCUUGGAGUUGCCAUCGUAGAAAUGGUCAACAACAGCACUGUAUAUAUUGAUGGGAAACCGGAAAUUCAGACAGCACAGUUUAACUGGGAUCCAGAGACAGUGGGCCUUAUCCAUGGAUCAUUUUUCUGGGGUUACAUUGUGACACAAAUUCCAGGUGGUUUCAUUUCAAACAAGUUUGCUGCUAACAGGGUCUUUGGAGCCGCCAUCUUCUUAACAUCGACUUUGAACAUGUUCAUUCCUUCUGCGGCCAGAGUGCAUUACGGAUGUGUCAUGUGUGUCAGAAUUUUGCAAGGUCUAGUGGAGGGUGUGACCUACCCAGCCUGCCAUGGGAUGUGGAGUAAGUGGGCACCACCUUUGGAGAGAAGUCGACUGGCCACAACUUCUUUUUGUGGUUCCUAUGCAGGGGCCGUGGUUGCCAUGCCCCUGGCUGGGGUGUUGGUGCAGUACAUUGGAUGGUCCUCGGUCUUUUAUAUUUAUGGUAUGUUUGGGAUUAUUUGGUACAUGUUUUGGCUGUUGCAGGCCUAUGAGUGCCCAGCGGCUCAUCCAACGAUAUCCAAUGAGGAGAGGACCUACAUAGAGACAACCAUAGGAGAAGGAGCCAACUUGGUUAGUCUAAGUAAAUUCAAUACUCCAUGGAGAAGAUUUUUCACAUCAUUGCCGGUUUAUGCAAUCAUUGUGGCAAAUUUUUGCAGAAGCUGGACCUUUUAUUUGCUCUUAAUAAGUCAGCCUGCUUAUUUUGAAGAGGUCUUUGGAUUUGCAAUAAGUAAGGUGGGUCUCUUGUCAGCCGUCCCACACAUGGUCAUGACAAUCAUUGUGCCUAUUGGAGGACAACUGGCUGAUUAUUUAAGAAGCAGAAAAAUUUUGACCACAACUGCUGUCAGAAAAAUCAUGAACUGUGGAGGUUUUAAUGUCAACCACUUGGACAUUGCUCCCCGCUACGCCAGCAUUCUCAUGGGCAUUUCAAAUGGAGUGGGAACCCUCUCUGGAAUGGUCUGUCCCCUCAUUGUCGGUGCAAUGACCAAGCACAAGACCCGUGAAGAAUGGCAGAAUGUGUUCCUCAUAGCUGCGCUGGUGCACUACAGUGGUGUGAUCUUCUACGGGGUCUUUGCUUCUGGGGAGAAACAGGAGUGGGCUGAUCCUGAGAAUCUCUCUGAGGAGAAAUGUGGAAUCAUCGACCAGGAUGAAUUAGCCGAGGAGACAGAACUCAACCACGAGAGUGUUGUGAGUCCCAGAAAGAAGAUGUCUUAUGGAGCCACCACCCAGAAUUGUGAGGUCCGGAAGAAGGAAUGGAGAGGACAGAGGGCAGCGACCCUGGAUGAGGAAGAGCCGACAUCCUACCAGAAUGAAGAGGGAAACUUCUCGGACACAUCCUAAUGAAUGUGUCUUCUCACCUUAGAACCAGAAAGUAUCCAUACCUAUUGCCUUCCCCAUAGUCCACCUGGCCAGAAGGUCAAAUAUGGGGACACUGGAAGGAGGAAGGGGGAGGGGAGGAGAUUUAAUCCACAAUAGAGAAAAGAGAAAUAAUCUUUCAAUGACACUUUAUAGGUGUGGAGCUUGCUCUGCCCUCAGUUGAUAAUAUAUACAUAUGUAUUUUUAGAUUGGCAGUUGACCCUUUUCUUAAAGAACUGAACUUAUUCAGAAAGGAAUGACUAGAAGAAUAAGGGAAACAAUACCAUACUAUUCAAAGAAAUAUUGAAGGAAAUGGGAAUUUCCUUCCUCUUUGGCCUGGAGAAGAGUGAACAGGAGUUGCCACCACGUCUCUGAGGGCAGCUAUGCGGACGAGGGGUUCCCAUGCUGUGCCAGGUGCUUUAUAAACAGUCUUAUUUAAUCUCCACGCCUCUAUGACAUACAUUUCUUAUCCCUAUUUUACAACUAAGGAAACUAAAAGCAACAAGAGAUUAACUUGCCCAAGGUCAUUCUCCCAGGGCCAGUGCUGAAAACUGGUAAAGCACCAAUUUUAGGGAAGAUUUCUGCUCAGUGUAGGAUGGACAUUUUUAAUAAUGAAAACUGAAAAUGUAAUGGGUUUUCUGGGUGAUUCCCUAUUUUGGCAGGUGUGGGGGAUGGGAAACAUUUGGACUGAUGUGGAUUCAAACAUUGCAUGAGGGGCUAGAUUCAAAGACCCUUAGUGUCGUACAUUAUCCGAAGAGUCAAAUGGUUCUGUGAACUCAUAAUUUUUUAAAUGAUAAGGGUCACAUACUAUAUUAGAGAUUGAAAUUAAACAAAAAGAAAGCUAAGAAUAAAAGCCAAAUUUCCAGGAGUCUGAGAGUCAGAAUAGCUGAAAAGGAGUAACCAAGGCCUUGUUUAUUAAAUUUCAACUGUCUGUAAUAUCAAGAAUAUGGUUAAAUAAUGUCCCAAAUUACUUAUAAACCUUUAAGACAUUUAAUAAUUUAAUAAGUAGGUUCAUGUGUUUUACUAGGUAAAAUUCUCUUGAAAGUGUCUUGUGUUUUAAAAAAUGUAUGUCUUUAGCCUUUUCUGCUGGGGAUUAUAUCAGAAAGUUUGAUCAAAUUAUAAAAAAUUAUGAUUGAAAUAUUCAUACUGACUCUCUUUGGAAUGAUAAUGUAGUAGUAGUUAUAUAAGGAAAUAGUAAAAUGAAAACAUCUGGGACAAUUAAACCUAUAGUUAGUGUUGAAAAAUUCAUCUUUACAUAAGGCAGUAACAUGAAUAUUCUCUAGAUAUGUUUGAAAUUUUAAUGUUGGCA